GACCACUUAAACUGAUAGCGAAUUGAUGCAAAGCGGUUAUGAAAUGUUUAAUUUCUGUCACUGCAAGGGACGUCGAAUUUAACACGACUUCUCUCUAUACAGAGCCAUUUAUGUGUAAAUAUGGCGACGGUUGUAGGCUUGAGCUAUUCCAAUGCAAGCGACUGAUGGAGCACGUUGUAAUCUGUAUGUUCGCUCUGGGUCAACGUUCAGUCUUUCGCCUUUUCUUGACAUGUUUACGACAUAAAGCGGUGAACAUGUCCGCGGAGGACAGCUCCGGAUGAGCCGCUCAGACGAGUAUUUGGACCGAAAAAAAACCCAAACCCCACACCGUGAUUUCAUGAUGACACCGAGGUGUAAACAACCGAAGCACCCGCCCAUCAUCAGGAUGCUUUGUCCAGAUGUGCAGCCGUCCUCUCUCAGCACGUUCACGUGUACAACCGAGCGUUACCAUAUAUUAUACCACAUCAGUUUAUAGAGCGACACAACAAUGUCCCUUAAUAUGAGCGAUGAUAAGCCUUUCCAAUGCACUGCUCCUGGUUGUGGACAGAGAUUUACAAACGAGGAUCACUUGGCUGUUCACAAACACAAACAUGAGAUGACCCUGAAGUUUGGCCCUGCAAGGAACGACAGUGCCAUCAUCGCUGACCAAACGCCAACACCUACCCGCUUUUUGAAGAACUGCGAGGAGGUUGGACUCUUCAAUGAACUUGCAAGCCCGUUUGACCAUGACUUCAAAAAAGGGAGUGAAGAUGACAUCAAAAAGUUGCCGUUGGAUUUGUCACCUCUUGCAACGCCCAUCAUACGCAACAAAACCGAGGAGACCACGGCUAUGGAGGCACAUCGAGACAGCCCACUGCCUCGUCCCGAAUCUACUACAGACGAUGACACGGAUUUAUCUCUGCAGCCAGCCUCACUGCCAACAUCCACUAUAGUCCAUCCUGCAUCCCUCCAAGUCCCCAAUGUACUUCUAGCGACCUCAGAGGCUAAUGUUGUAAUACAGCCAGCUCUCCCAUCACCAACAUCUAGCUCUGUUAUUACCCAAGUCCCAUCCACUAAUAGGCCUAUAGUCCCGGUGACCGGCUCCUUCCCCGUGCUCUUACAGCUGCCUAAUGGCCACACCUUGCCGGUCGCCAUCCCCGCGUCCAUCGCAAGCUCAAGUGUUCAUAUUCCAACUGCAAUCCCUCUCGUCAGACCGGUGACCAUAGUGCCUAACGUCCCCGGGAUCCCAGGACCUCCCUCCUCGCCACAGCCCGCCCACUCAGAAGCGAAGCUGAAACUGAAAGCCACGUUAAGCCAGCAGCUUCCUCUGGUGACCAAUGGAAACGCCGGAGAGGUCCAGAGCAGCGCCGUGACCCACACGGCUGCUCCCUGUUCUCCAGCUCCGCCCCCCGCCCCGAGUGCAGCCCCCCUCCGGACUCCUGCUGCAGCGGCUCCAAGGGCCUCGACUGAGGAGCCGUCCCACAAUUCCCUUCAGCAGCCCGCCACCUCCACCACAGAGACGCCUGCAUCUCCAGCACCCGCUGCGCCGAACCCCCCAAGCACAGGGGGGCGGCGGCGCAGAACCACCAGCGAAAACCCCGACGAGAAGAGGCGCAAGUUUCUGGAGCGCAACAGGGCGGCGGCCUCUCGCUGCAGGCAGAAGAGGAAAGUGUGGGUUCAGUCUCUGGAGAAGAAGUCUGAAGACCUCAACUCCAUGAACGGACAACUACAGAAUGAAGUCACCCUGCUGAGAAACGAAGUGGCUCAGCUGAAGCAGCUUCUUCUGGCUCAUAAAGAUUGCCCUGUAACCGCCAUGCAGAAGAAGUCUGGCUAUCACAUCUCCGACAAGGACGAGAGCUGCGAGGAGAUGUCCGUCCCCAGCAGCCCCCAGAACGAGGCCAUCCAGCACAGCUCCGUCAGCACCUCCAACGGGGUCAGCUCUUCCUCCUCCUCCUCCUCCUCCUCCUCCUCAGCCGCCGCCGCCGCCUCGUCCAGCGCCGCCACGUCGAGCCAAAGCACAGAGGAGAGCCGGGCUCAGCCUUCAGGGAGUUGAUGGUCCCGCACGGUGCCUGAUGUUCCCUCAGAGGAAAAGGGGCUCUCUCAUCGUUAGUUUUCAUUUGUUCGAGUCUUGUCCUCUGUUGGCGAUGCGUUGAGGAAAAAUGCAAAGGUUUUCUCUGGAAUUGAUGAAGAGGCACUUUAGGUGUAAGAUGUUUGUCUGAUUUAUUUAUGAUUAUUUUUUAUUUAAAAGCAAUCGGCCUGAAGGUUUGAUCAGUGAAUCGUUGCGUCUUACCAGAGUGUUGCUUGUUUGUGGCUUCUUGGCUCGUUUGUUUUCAUGACUUUUUAAGGAGCACUGUCUUCAUGAUGAACUUGAAUAAAAGAGAAGUCCCUUUUUUUUCACAUUUUGCUUUAAACAUUUUGCACAUUUUUGAGAGACGGGUUUUUAGAGAUCCACAGUCCACAUGUUAAGUACCGACAGCUUUUAAGAAGUCAAAUUGAAUACACAAAUGUAAAGGGUUCAGUCGGACAACUCUUCUGUGGAUGAGAUCGGCUGUAGUCGCAUCGGGUAGUUUGAAUGUUUGAGCUCACCUCUGCUGGUGAAUUGUCUUGUCUUAAGGACGUGAGCUUUUUAGGAAUGAUUUUAUUAGCAUUCUGCCUGUAGUCUGAUGCUGAAGCAGUGAUUGUAGGAUUGCAGUUCCUUUUCCGUUACUCAAUCUUGGUAAUGUUGUUCGGUGCCAUUCAUGUUUUUGGAUGAAUUACUUCUGUACAUUUUUUAAUGCAGAUUAGAUUGUCGACAGUUGUUCUCUCCAAUUAAACGUCUCAUGAAACAUAGUUUCUCAGUAAGGAAGUAUCUUGUUGUACACUGUCGCUGCUUUUUAAGUGACCGCUUAUGACUUUAAUAAAGAAAGACAUUAUGUUCUUCAAUGACGUUUUUUUAAAACACUGUAAAUAACGUCAGCGAUGCCUUUUAUGUGAUCUUUCUAGGUGUUGUGUCUUUUUUUAUUUUUAUAGCAUAGUGUGGUUUCAGUAGCUGAGCCCUGUUGAACUCAGUAAGCAGUUCUUCCUGACUCGAUGUUUUGUCAUGUGAAAUUACAGCAUUAGGAUGUGGAAUCAUGUAUAUUAGAGGAACACUGCUACCGCCUGUGAGCAUUUCAUCAUUGAAAUAAUAGUUGGACGCAAAUCAAACCAUGAAGUCCAUUUGCCUUUUUCUCUUAGUCUGUACUCGCUUACUACUGUGUAGUUUUAUAAGAACAAUUUCAUUUUUUUAACUGCAAGAAUUAAACUGUUUAAUAAUGUCUCGGUCAGAUAAAUAUCAUUAAAAAAGUGCUUUGAACUUGAGUUCAUGACCGCUUUGGAUAGAUGUUUGACCACAACUUAACUGCUAAAAAAAGUUUGGUGUUGAACGUGUACUUGUAACUUGUGAAAGUUCUGUUUAUAAAUCUGAAUUUAAUAAUUUGUUGUAAUAAACCUUUUAAUAUCUCUUUAAAUUCCA